AUGGUCGCCAUCGAACAGAUUCGCAAUGAACUGGCUCAAGCCUCACCUUCUGGGCGCCAACUUGUCGCCGUCUUUGUCGGCGGCACUAGCGGUAUCGGUGAAAGCACCGCUCGGGAACUUGUUCGAUAUUCUACCAGUCCCCGGAUCUACCUGAUAGGAAGAAGCCAAGAUCAGGCAGAUCGUAUUAAAACAGAGUUCGCAUCGCUGAAUCCAGCCAGCGAUGUGUGUUUUGUCCAAUCCGAUGCCUCGCAACUCCGUAAUGUGGACAACCUGUGCGAUAAGAUCAAAGCACAAGAGGAACGACUCGAUGUUUUAUUUCUCAGCGCCGGCAUAUUUCAUCUUAGAGGGCGGGAAGAAACACCCGAUGGUCUCGAUCGCAAGAUGGCUCUUGACUUUUACUCCCGGUUGCGUUUCACCGAAAACCUAUUGCCCCUGCUGAGGCGCGCCUCAAGCUUGAGCAGCUCCCAAUCUACUAGAGAGCUAUUGCCGGCGGGUGGUCGGGUCAUAUCAGUCCUUGGGGGAGGCAAAGAGACGUCUAUCGAUGAAUCUGACUUGUCUCUAACGCGCAAGUAUACUUUGAAAGCUUCGACUGAUAAUGCAGUGACCAUGACUACGCUCUCAUUCCAACGUCUCGCCGCAGAACCCGAGAAUGCUAAUGUGGCAUUCUUCCAUACCUCCCCCGGCAUGGUCAAAACGAACGGGGAUCGUGAACUGAACUUUGUUAUCAGACUGUUGGUGUCCACAGUAUCUUAUGUUUUCAGACCGUGGGUCACAUCGACAGAAGAGACUGGCAAGCGUCAUCUUUGGGCGGCCGUUAGUGAUAGCUUCAGAGGCGGACAAGUCUACUUGCUUGACCGAACAAGCGAGCGCGCGGAGAACUCCAAGGUUUUGAACAGACUUCAUGAGGAAGGACUUUCCGACCGUGUGUGGGAACACACCCGGGAGGUUUUUAGCAGGAUUCCUACUGGUGAUAAUCACAACGUUUAG